AUUUGAAGCUCUGUUUGAAUGGGGACACUGGAGUUGGGAAAUCAAGCAUUGUGUGCCGGUUUGUCCGGGAUCACUUUGACCACAACAUCAGCCCGACUAUUGGAGCGUCUUUUAUGACUAAAACUGUGCCUUGUGGAAAUGAACUUCAUAAAUUCCUCAUCUGGGACACUGCUGGCCAGGAACGGUUUCAUUCACUGGCUCCCAUGUACUAUCGAGGGUCUGCUGCAGCUGUCAUUGUAUAUGAUAUUACCAAACAGGAUUCAUUUCAUACCUUGAAGAAAUGGGAAGAACUGAAAGAACAUGGUCCAGAAAACAUUGUAAUGGCUAUUGCUGGAAACAAAUGUGAUCUCUCAGAUAUUAGGGAGGUCCCCUUGAAGGAUGCUAAGGAGUACGCAGAAUCCAUAGGUGCCAUUGUGGUGGAGACAAGUGCAAAGAAUGCUAUUAAUAUUGAGGAGCUCUUUCAAGGAAUCAGUCGUCAGAUCCCACCCUUGGACCCCCAUGAAAAUGGAAACAGUGGCGCCAUCAAGCUCGGGAAGCAGACCACGCAGGUCAGCCGGCGGUGCUGCUGA